UUAUCUUGCCGCUAGGAGCAGGCCAACCCUGGCCUGUAACAAAAAGCUAGAGCACUGUGGGCCGGCGAUGCCUCGAUGUGGCAGCUAGUUCGUUGAAAAAAUUCAGGAAGCGCAGAAGCAAGAACCGCUCAAGAUCAUGUUAAUCUGCCCGAAAAUUACGUACUCGUACUAAUCGUCCUCCUCUCUUGGUUGCCUUCAACUACUGCUGCCGGCCGCCUGCUGCUACUCUCCACUCGGCUUCAGUUUCUCCGGCGACCCGCGGACGCGCACGUGCAUGUGCAUGGGGGGCUACGUGCCGGCGGCGGAUGGCGGCGGCCGGGGACGAGGCGCGCGGUACCCGCCGCUGUCCGCGCUCGUCGUCUCCGCCAUCGCCGCCUUCUCCGCGGUCAUCGUCCUCGCCGUCAUCCAUUCGGCGUACGACGACGCGCUGUCGCGGACGCGGACGCUGCUGGGGCACAACCUGGAGCCGACGCCGUGGCACCCGUUCCCGCACGACAAGGGCCGGCCGCCGGCGCGCGCGGCGCUGCGGUGCGCUCCCUCCAUCGCCUGCCUGCCGCCGCUCUCGCGGCCUCGGCCGCCGCCGGACGCGGGAAACAACGCGUCCUCGUCGUCGUCGUCGGCGCCGCCGCCGCCGCGGCGGCAGUGCCCGGCCUACUUCGCGGCCAUCCGGCGGGACCUCGCGCCGUGGCGCCGCGCGGGCGGUGGCAAGGGCGUGACGCGCGCGCUCCUCGACGCGGCGCGGCGGCGCGCGUCCAUGCGCGUGACCAUCACGGGCGGCGGGCGGCGGCUGCACGUGGACCUGUACUACGCCUGCGUCCAGAGCCGCGCGCUCUUCACCGUGUGGAGCCUGCUGCAGCUGAUGCGGCGGCACCCCGGCCGCGUGCCCGACGUGGACCUCAUGUUCGACUGCAUGGACCGGCCGGCCGUGAACCGCACCGAGCACGGCGCCGGCGACCCCGCCGCGCCGCCGCCGCUCUUCCGGUACUGCACCACCAGGGACCACUUCGACAUCCCCUUCCCCGAUUGGUCCUUCUGGGGCUGGCCGGAGACGAACAUCGAGCCAUGGAGCCGUGAGUUCAAGAGCAUCAAGGUCGGCGCCAAGGCGACGAAAUGGGCGGACCGGGUGCCGACGGCGUACUGGAAGGGCAACCCGGACGUGGCGUCGCCGCUGCGGCUGGCGCUGCUGGGCUGCAACGACACCAACCUGUGGCGCGCCGAGAUCAUGCGCCAGAACUGGACCGACGAGGCCAACGCCGGGUACCAGCACUCCAAGCUCUCCACCCAGUGCACCCACAGGUACAAGAUCUACGCGGAGGGGUUCGCGUGGUCGGUGAGCCUCAAGUACAUCCUGUCGUGCGGGUCGAUGGCGCUGCUGAUCGAGCCGCAGUACGAGGACUUCUUCAGCCGGGGCCUGGACCCGCGGGUGAACCACUGGCCGGUGAGCCGGGGCCCGGGCAUGUGCGACUCCAUCCGGGACGCCGUGGACUGGGGCAACGCCAACCCGGCGGAGGCCGAGCGCGUGGGGCGCCGCGGCCAGCGCCUGAUGCAGGACCUGCGCAUGGCCGCCGUCUACGACUACAUGCUGCACCUGCUCACCGAGUACGCCGCGCUCAUGGACUUCCGCCCGGCGCCGCCGCCCACGGCGCAGGAGGCGUGCGAGGGCUCCGUGCUCUGCCUCGCCGACGACAAGCAGAGGCGCUUCCUCGAGGCGUCCGCGGCGGAGCCGGCGGCCGAGGAACCCUGCGUGCUGCCGCCGGAGUGACACACAGACACACUGGUGGAUCGGAGCUGCUGGGAUGGUAAAACAGGAACUUGAUGGUUUUUGCUACCCAUUUAGACCGAGACGGAGCAGAGUUCGUCAGUUGGGCUUAGGAUAUACAUAUACUAGAAGUAAUGGUGAUGUAGGGAUGGAUGUCGCUUCAUAAAAAGGCAUGCGAAUUGCAAUGCCCAUUCUAGCA